GACGCAGCAGCAGCAGCUAUGGGAGACUUUUGGGGAGAUAUUGUGAGUCAACGUGUUUCCAGAGCGAUGUCACUGGGAAACGAUGACGAGGCGGUUCUGGACCGAGGGAAGACCAGCUCCACCCUGUACACUAACUUUGAGAAGGAAGAGCUGGAGAGUCACCGAGCCGUGUACGUGGGCGUGCACGUCCCUCUGGGUCGUCAGGGCCGGCGGCGGCACCGUCACCGCGGACACCGACAUCACCGCAAGCGCCGGGACCGCUGCGACCGGGACGAGUCGCCCACGGAUACGCCGUCUCAGAGAGUCCAGUUCAUCCUGGGGACGGAGGACGAUGACGAGGAGCACAUCCCUCACGACCUGUUCACCGAGCUGGAUGAGCUGGCCUUCAGAGACGGAGACAUGCAGGAGUGGAAGGAGACGGCCAGGUGGCUGAAGUUUGAGGAGGACGUGGAGGACGGAGGCGAGCGGUGGAGUAAACCCUACGUGGCCACGUUGUCUCUGCACAGUCUGUUUGAGCUGCGUUCCUGCAUCAUGAACGGCACCGUGCUGCUCGACAUGAGAGCCAACUCCAUCGAUGAGAUCGCAGACAUGGUGAUUGACAGCAUGCUGGCGUCGGGUCAGAUGGAGGAGGAUGUUCAGGACAAGGUUCGGGAGGCGAUGCUGAGGCGUCAUCACCACCAGAACGAGAAGAAGCUGAGCAACAGAAUCCCGCUGGUCCGAUCCUUCGCCGACAUCGGCAAGAAACACUCCGACCCACAUUUACUGGAACGCAACGGUCUGCUGGCGUCUCCUCAGUCGGCUCCUGGAAACCUCGACAGCAAGAACAACGAGUCUCGCAUCAACGGAGGCAGCCGGGAGAACAGCACGGUGGACUUCAGCAAGGUGGAUAUGAACUUCAUGAGGAAGAUUCCUCCCGGUGCUGAAGCCUCCAACGUCCUGGUGGGUGAAGUCGACUUCCUGGAGCGACCGAUCAUCGCCUUCAUUCGUCUCGCCCCCGCCGUGCUGCUGACCGGCCUCACCGAGGUCCCCGUGCCCACCAGGUUCCUCUUCCUGCUGCUGGGUCCGAUUGGAAAAGGUCCGCAGUACCACGAAAUCGGACGCUCCAUCGCCACUCUGAUGACGGACGAGAUUUUCCAUGACGUUGCCUACAAAGCGAAGGACAGGAACGACCUGCUGUCUGGCAUCGAUGAGUUUUUGGAUCAGGUGACUGUUCUUCCUCCAGGUGAAUGGGACCCAAGCAUCCGCAUCGAACCUCCGAAGAGCGUCCCGUCCCAGGAGAAGAGGAAGAUGCCGUCGGCCCCGAACGGCAACGCUCAUGGCUAUGACUUCAUCAAGGAGUCGGAGCAUGAAACGGGACCAGAGCUGCAGAGAACGGGGAGGAUUUUCGGCGGUCUGGUGAACGACGUCCGGAGGAAAGUUCCCUUCCUGUUGAGUGACAUCAGAGACGCUGUCAGCCUGCAGUGUUUGGCGUCCGUCCUCUUCCUGUACUGCGCCUGCAUGUCGCCCGUCAUCACGUUCGGAGGCCUGCUGGGAGAAGCGACCAAAGGAAACAUUAGUGCCAUAGAGUCUCUGUUUGGAGCGUCUCUGACCGGUGUUGCUUAUUCUGUGUUUGCCGGUCAGCCUCUCACCAUCCUGGGAAGCACCGGUCCAGUUCUGGUCUUUGAGAAGAUCCUCUUCAAGUUCUGCACCGACUACGGCUUGUCCUACCUUUCCCUGAGGACCAGUAUCGGCCUCUGGACCGCCUUCCUCUGCCUGGUGCUGGUCGCCACCGACGCCAGCUCCCUGGUCUGCUACAUCACCCGCUUCACUGAGGAAGCCUUCGCCGCGCUCAUCUGCCUCAUCUUCAUCUACGAGGCGCUGGAGAAGCUGGUCCACCUCGGGGAGGAUUAUCCCAUCAACAUGCAGAACCACCUGGAAAACCUCACCUUCUACACGUGUCAGUGCUCUGAACCCGCCAACGCCUCCGCUCAGACGCUGCAGAAGUGGAACCAAAGAGGCUUCAGCACAGAAAACAUCUCAUGGCAGACGCUGGGUGUGACGGACUGUAAGGAGUUAGGCGGUGAGUUUGUCGGCUCGGCUGUGGCUGAAGGUCCGUACGCCCCGGACGUUCUCUUCUGGUCCGUCAUCCUCUUCUUCACCACCUUCUUCCUCUCCUCCUUCCUCAAACAGUUCAAGACCAGACGAUACUUCCCACCAAGGUUCCGAUCGACCAUCAGUGACUUCGCCGUCUUCCUCACCAUCAUGAUCAUGGUGCUGGUGGAUUAUCUGGUGGGGUUCCCUCGCCCAAACUUCCAAGUACCUGAUCGCUUCGAGCCUACCUCUAACACCCGUGGGUGGCUGAUCUCCCCGCUGGGCCCGAACCCUUGGUGGACGCUGCUGGCGGCGGCCGUCCCCGCGCUGCUCUGCACCAUCCUCAUCUUCAUGGACCAGCAGAUCACCGCCGUCAUCGUCAACAGGAAGGAGAACAAACUGAAGAAAGGCUGUGGCUAUCACCUGGACCUGCUGGUGGUGGCGGUGAUGCUGGGCGUUUGCUCCAUCAUGGGUCUGCCGUGGUUCGUGGCGGCGACCGUGCUCUCCAUCUCACACGUCAACAGUCUGAAGGUGGAGUCGUCGUGCGCGGCGCCCGGCGAGCAGCCCAAGUUCCUGGGCAUCAUCGAGCAGAGAGUCACCGGCUUCAUGAUCUUCGUCCUGAUGGGCUGCUCCGUCUUCAUGACCUCCGUCCUCAAGUUCAUCCCGAUGCCGGUCCUCUACGGAGUUUUCCUCUACAUGGGCGUUUCCUCGCUCAGAGGCAUUCAGCUGUUCGACCGUAUCAGACUGUUCGGCAUGCCGGCCAAACACCAGCCGGACCUGAUCUACCUGCGCUACGUCCCGCUGUGGAAGGUCCACAUCUUCACUGUGGUGCAGCUGACCUGCCUAAUCGUCCUCUGGGUCAUCAAGGCCUCGGCCGCCGCCGUCGUCUUCCCCAUGAUGGUUCUGGCUCUGGUGUUCGUGCGGAAGCUUCUGGACUUCUGCUUCACUAAGAGAGAACUGAGCUGGCUGGACGAUCUGAUUCCAGAGAGCAAGAAGAAGAAAGAGGACGACAAGAAGAAGAAGGAAAAGGAGGACGCUGAGCGGAUGCUGGAGGAGGACGACGGUAAUCCAGCGUACGACGGCAGCAACGUCCUCAAGAUUCCGGUUAAAACCCUGAAAGGACGCGACCCCUCGGAGGUGAACAUCUCGGAUGAAAUGGCCAAAAGCGGCGUCUGGAAAUCAGUUUCCAUGAACUCCGACAGCUGCAAAGCUCUGAAAUGCGGCAACAGCCAGGAGAAGCUGCCGAGCGUUCAGAUAAACGUGGAAAACGAAGACGGUCGGAAAGUCGUGGACGCCGAGACGUCGCUAUGAUCCACCGCCGCUGCUCGCCACCAGGCGGCGCUGUCCGGAGGACGAGGAGGGCAGAGCUGCCGCCUUCUGUCCUAUCUGUACUGAGGUGAAAGAUGGCAGGAGGACCAAUCACGCUUCACCUCGCCGUGCCGUACUUCUCACCCUGCGUUCGGACAAAGGUGAACGAUUUAUUUUCUCAUCGUUUUAUGGUGAAAACUCGGAGACUCCACCACCGGGAGCAAAUAUGGCCGCCACUUUUGGAAACAGCUUUCUAAGGUUUCUUUGGUUGGUUUUUACUCGGGCUGCCGCGCUGUGAUUGGCUGCUGAAACAAAGAAUCAGCCGACGCCUGAUUUUCCACAUCUGAAAAACACCCGAAGCUUUUUAUUUUAUCCUUUUUAAAUGUUCAGUUUCUGCUUUCAUGAAGCAGACGAGGCUCUUCACCCCCGACAGGUCCAACGCAGGGCGAAGUUUUUAUUUAAUCCAUCAUGCUGAUUUAAGUUGUAUACAUGCCUGUGUGUAUAUUUGUAUAUAUGUGUGUGUGUGUGUGUGUGUGUGUGUGUGUGUGUGUGUGUGUGUGUGGAUGGUUGUACUUCACCUUGUUGCCUGCAGCGGCCCACAGAAUGAUGUCAGAGCCGCUGUCGUCAUAGUUUCUUCUUAAAGUUUGAAUAAAAUCAGUUUGGUGAUGAUCA